UGCUGAAUUCAUGACUCUCUGUUUAUUGCUUAUUUACAUUCUCAACCCUCUCAAUCAAAUCGUGAACCCGGCAACUCUCAUUGUAAAUUAAAAAAUAUGACUGAAGAUAUUGAUAAACAAAAACUGUUUUAUAACACAGUAUUAUCUCAAACAUUUUCACCCAGCGGUAAAUUUUUGAUAUGCAGCAAUAUUUAUGGAGAUAUAUCGGUAUUCGAUAUUCCGAGGAUACUGGGGCCCAGUAAGGAGAACGACAAUGAUUUGCCAGGACCGCUGCAUAAAUUCUCAGCACAUGUUGAUCAGCAUAUCGAGAGUAUGUUGACAACAGAGAAUUUUUUAGUGACAGGAACUGCUGGUGAGAUUUCUGGGUGGGAUUGGAAGGUUUUGACUUCAGACAAAGCGCCUAAAAGCAAGGUAUCGUGGACCAUUCAAAUGCCAGUGGACAGAGACACUUCGGAGAAACCUGAUGUUAACGAUUUAGUUUAUUCCACUACGGAUCAUGUUGUCUAUGCAGGCCUGGGGGAUAACAGAAUUUAUGCUGUGGAUCUGGAACAUGGGAAGGUGCUGAGGAAAUUCGAAGGCCAUACGGAUUAUAUUCAUAAUCUAGCUUUACUGAACAAUCAACUGGCAUCAACGAGUGAAGAUGGUUCAGUGAAACUCUGGGAUGUACGUAAAAACGAGAAUACAAAUGUUAUCCAGCCCCAUUUAGUGGACAAAGUGGCAAGACCGAGGCUGGGAAAAUGGGUGGGAGCAGUGGAUUUCACAGAAGAUUGGCUUGUAUGUGGAGGAGGCCCUCAUUUAUCCCUGUGGCACCUUCGCACGAUGGAGCCAGCAACAAUUUUCGAGCUUCCAGACCAAGGGAUCCACGUAGCCUCGAUCUACGAAGAACGAAUAAUCACGGGAGGUGCAAUGCCCCACGUGUAUCAUCUCAGUUAUCAAGCAGAAACCCUCGCCAAAGUCCCUACAUCAAGCAACACAGUGUACAGUAUUAUCUAUCACGAGACACCCCACAAGAUCCUCAGUAUCGCUGGAUCCAGCAACAAUAUUGAUGUCUGUACAAACUUCAAUUACAGAGAGUUAAUAUUAAAAUUUGCAUAAAUCCCCACUGCAUUAUCUAGUUGAUUAUAAUGGGAGAGGAGUUGAUUGAUAACAGAAAUAUCAAAACCAUUAUUUACAAAUACCUGUUUAUGCAAAAAGAUUAAAAACAACUGACGUUUCAGAUGAA